AAAAUUAACAUGUUCGAUGUUUAUAGUUGACAAUGUGGAAUGUUGGACAUUACACAUAAAACGCUUGGGGAUAUUUAUAUCUUGUCAUUCUAGGCUAUCAAACCAGCGAUAACAGUGGGGGGUUCAUUGUGCUCUCUGCAUGUUAAAGAAGCGUGGGAUCAACUAUUUAAGAUGUCCGUAGGAAGUCUGCUGUAUUAAAACAAUCUCACCAAUAAUCUUUGUCGAAACGCUAUAGUUGGGAAGCAACCUAUUGGGGCAGAUAAAGCAGGAUGUCAAAUUGUUCUAACGAGUUUCCGACGACAGGAGUUUUAUAUGAUGAGCUAACUAUUGGGGCAUUGGUUCCUGGACUGAUCGGAUGUGCCCUUGCUGUUAUUGUUAUUGGUAUAUAUUUCGAGGAGAUAUGGUUUAUUUUACAUCACUACCCACAUAAAACACAGAGAACAAAAUUUAUUUGUUUACUAGGACUUUAUCCAGUAAUAUGUAUAACCUCGUCAUUCGCUGUUUUGAUACCAAGGGCGACAUUUCUUUGCGAACUUGUGGCGGCAACAUAUUUGUCGUUUUGCAUUCUAUUGUUUGUCAACAUGAUUGUCUCCUACUUUGGCGGUACAAAAAACCUUCUCCAUGUUAUGACAGACGAAAAGAUGCCAUUUAGAGUACCACCUUGCUGCUGUCUGUUCUGCUUCAACAAUUUUCCAUUUAACAGGAAGUACUUGAGGAUAGCUACAAUCAUGGUACUACAGAUUACUAUAAUCAAACCAGUGUCCCUGUUUAUAGCAGCUGUCUUGUGGACCGAUGAUCAGUAUACACCAGGAGACGAGAGUGCUCCAAGGAAUGGUGUGUUUUACACCAACUUGACUGGUAUGAUAUCAACAGUAGCUGGUAUCUGGGGGAUCGCUAUUAUAUAUCGAUCAACCAGGCCCAAACUUCCAGCCUAUAGGAUUGGUAUAAAGUUUAUAAGUCUGCAGCUUGUGCUGAUAUUCCUUAAUCUACAGUUUGGUAUAAUUAGCAUCCUAGCCAGAAAUGAUAUACCAGAAUGUUCAGGAACCAGGGACUCUCUUGUCAGGGGCUACCGGCUUCACCACACUAUGCUCGUAUACGAAGCAUUUCUAGUCUCAAUAUUAGCAAGAUUUGCUUACAGACGAUUAGAACCAGAACUUCUUAGUAGACUGGAAUGCGAAAACGAGGUUCAGAAAACUGAUGACAACAAAGUAAAUGGAAAUGUAUGAAGACAUUGACAUUUCAUCCAACAACUCGUAUCUUUUUUGAUUAGCAUGUGUCUACUUCUCGAGGUUUACUUGUAUCUUUUCUGAACAUUACCUCAGUAGAGUAAUUUUGAAACUAUAAUAGUAAACCAUAGAGAUACCUCUAUGAGCGAACAGGAAAUGACAGUUAUUUACAAAAUACAAUUAGACUGUGAUAUUUGUUAGUGAACAUGUAAUCUGGAAUUUGUACUCAAAGAAUUAUGUUGAAUCGAAAUUGUGAUCUCAAACUUCUCAUUUGAGUGUCUUUCUACACCAAUACAUGCACUGUUAUAUUCUCAGGAGUGUUAUGGUUUGACAAGUUUGACAAGUCUUUCCACACCAAUACAUGUACUGUAAUAUUCUCAGGAUUAUUAUGAUUUGAUAAGUUUGACAAGUACAUGUCGAGUCCCCUGAUGAGUUCUGAUAAAGGAAUUAACGAAUUUAACACAAUUCCUGAAUUUAAAUACUAGUAGUUAGCAUUGACUAAGCUUUAGCUUCAGUAUUAUUGUUUUUGUUUUGAUACACGAAUGUUUUUUCAAAGUAGUUUAUGUCUUAAUCACUUGAUAUUAAAGUUUAUGUUUUUUCCAA